UCACAUAGUCGCGUGGCGGGAAAUGCGGCGUGAAGGACCGAUCCGCGAUGCGAUCGAGAGCGGCGCCGCCGCCGAGUACAAUAAGGACGCCUGCGUGUGGCGGCGUGGAAAUGAUCGGGACGUUUGUCCCGAUCCGGAUGUGCACGUAUAUCUGUACACGCCUGGCCGACCGCGGCGAUUAUUGGACCCCACGGUGCAAUCCGACUGGCUGCGCCAGGACUACGAGCCGACUAAGGACAAUGUGAUCCUGGUUCACGGAUACGCAGGUGGAGACGACACACUGCCGAUCGCGAUUUUACGCGACGCUUAUCUGAAGAACGGUAGCUACAACGUAUUCCUGGUCGAUUGGGGUGCGUUGUCCGCGAAACCGUGCUACCCGGCCGCGGUGUCGAAUAUGCGAUCGGUGGCUAGAUGUCUCGCCGGCACUCUGACACAUUUGAGAAAUCUCGGUCUUCCGAUCACGAGGACCACCUGUGUCGGGCACUCCUUGGGCGCUCACAUCUGCGGCGUUAUGGCCAAUUAUCUGCUCUUCCGCAUGCACAGAAUAAUCGGCUUGGAUCCCGCGCGUCCGCUUGUGCGAUCGAACCUGGUGAACCGGCUGGACGUCGGCGACGCCGAGUUCGUCGAGGUGAUACACACGAACGCCGGGUACUACGGUGAGAUCGAUCGCAUCGGUCACGUGGACUUUUGCGUGAACGGCGGUAAGGUGCAACCCUUCUGCGAGGACAGGGAGAUGUAUCAGCUGUGCAGCCACGUGUGGGCGGUCUGCUUUAUGGCGCAGAGUAUCGAUGACGAAGGUGCGAGCCUGUUAGCCGAAUCCUGCUCCAGACGGUGUCCAUCUGGCCCGCGGAUCGCCGCCAGGGCGGGCGAAUAUGUGACUAUGGGUCAGCACACUCCGAUCGACGCUAGGGGAUCCUUCUGCUUCAACAAAGCCGACCCGCCCUACUGUCCGAGUCACUGGAACGGCCGCGGUGACGAGAGAUGCUGCGUACCGGAAAUAACAAAGAACGAGGACAUCGAGGAGAACAAUGUGAAAUACGAGAAUUUGACGAGCCGCUCGAAAUUCACAAAGCGGCUGAACUUUGAGCUUGAUCUGAAACGACCGAGGCGCAUCAAUUAAACACUUCUCUCGGUUGAAUUAAAUUCGAGAAUUGUAAUGUGUCUAAUAAUUUUUGCAGCGCCGCACGAAUUUGUCGAAAUUUUUAAACGGCUGCUUCUUUAGCGUAAGUUUUCGCAUAUCUUAGUUUAUUUAUUCGCUAGACAUUUUUAGCAUAAGAUUGAAAUUUUUCAAGCUCCAUUAUUUGAGAAUGAGGAAUCUACAUUUGCUUAAUGUACCUUAUAUUAAUGAACGGGUGAGAUGUUUAUAUAUACAUGCUAUUAAGACCUUCGUACGGUACCGGGAAGCGUGCAAACCGAUCUGAGAAUGCGGUGUCGUCGAUUAUGUAUUCAGAAUACCGCGCAACCCGUCGCGUGUCCGGAAAAAUCCUACGUUUGUAAUAUAACGGGCGUCAUACCGUUACACGCUCCACUAAUAACGCCGGGGAAAGUAUUCACGACAAUAACGAACGAUCCAUCAAGUGUCUCGAUGCACGUAUUCACUUUACUAACGAGUGUUCUCUCGCACAGCUGAAUCGAUUUUAUGUCUAUCGUAUCGAAAUAUUCUUGCAGAUGUAAAACUGGCAGCUAUACUUUGUAGUCAUGUUUCCAAAGCAGCUCAGAGAGUAUUUAUAGUUUUUACGA